CCCUGGAGUGGAGCAUGCUCUGUACAGUUAUCCUGGUUGCCAUUCAGAGGCUGACGGGAGAGGCCCGGCUGAAGCCACCCUCAACACUCAAAGCUUUUGUGGUAUCAGGGCUGUCAAGACAGAGUGCAGGGACGUCUAGUUCUCUCUGGUGGAUUUUGAGAUUCAGAUACAGCAGUUUUCCAUGGCUCCUUAUUACAUCCGCAAAUACCAGGAGAGCGACCACCAAGGGGUCCUGGGCGUGUUCUCCCAGGGUGUGGUGGAACACGCCCCUACCGCCUACUACCACGUCUUGAAGCUGCCGAGAACCUUUGUGCUUUUGCUUGGGGGACCCAUCGCCCUAUUCCUGGUCUCUGGGUCCUGGCUCCUGGCCCUCAUGGCCGGCCUCACCCUUCUUGCUGCCUUGAGGUACUUUGUCAAAUACCCCUGGACCCAGUUUCUGGUCGAUGCUUUGCAUACAGACAUGUCUGACAUCACCAAAUCCUACAUGAGUGAGCGUGGAUCCUGCUUUUGGGUGGCCGAGUCUGAGGGGCAGGUGGUGGGCACAGUGGGAGCUUUGUCCAUUGAGGACCCCAGCCUGUGCAAGAAGCAGUUGCAGCUGCUUCACCUAAGUGUGGCCUUGGAGAGCCGGGGUGAAGGGAUAGCGAAAGCCUUGGUCAGGACUGUCCUCCAGUUUGCGCGGGACCAGGGCUACAGUGAAGUUGUCCUCUCCACCAGCACAAUACAGCACUCCGCUCUGGCCGUCUACCAACACCUCGGCUUCCAAAAGACACACCAGUACUUCCAUUCCAAGAUGUGGGCGCUAAUGUCUAUCCCUAUGAUUCAAUUCAGCUACCCGCUCCCCUCCGCUCAGGCCUCUCAGGCCCCUCCACAGAAAGGAGGACUGUGAUCAUUUCCUUGUGGAUUUGACAGGAGAGGAUGCGCUCUGUGGCAGUAACAAGCUAACGUUGAGCUCUCACUGCGAGAACACAGGAAAAGCUUGUUGCUCCUUCACAUCCCAACUCAACAGGGUGGCUCAGCUCUAGUCAGACUUGUUGAGUUAUUACUGUUUCAUUGAUCUAGUGGUACAAGAGUGCAAAAGGAUAAUAAACAUUUA